AUUGGGCACCGCCCACCUCGUGGGCUUCCAGGCUGAGUCAUCACUAGAGAGUGGGAAGGGCAGCAGCAGCAGAGAAUCCAAACCCUAAAGCUGAUAUCACAAAGUACCAUUUCUCCAAGUUGGGGGCUCAGAGGGGAGUCAUCAUGAGCGAUGUUACCAUUGUGAAAGAAGGUUGGGUUCAGAAGAGGGGAGAAUAUAUAAAAAACUGGAGGCCAAGAUAUUUCCUUUUGAAGACAGAUGGCUCAUUCAUAGGAUAUAAAGAGAAACCUCAAGAUGUGGAUUUACCUUAUCCCCUCAACAACUUUUCAGUGGCAAAAUGCCAAUUAAUGAAAACAGAACGACCAAAGCCAAACACAUUUAUAAUCAGAUGUCUCCAGUGGACCACUGUUAUAGAGAGAACAUUUCAUGUAGAUACUCCAGAGGAAAGGGAAGAAUGGACAGAAGCUAUCCAGGCUGUAGCGGACAGACUGCAGAGGCAAGAAGAGGAGAGAAUGAAUUGUAGUCCAACUUCACAAAUUGAUAAUAUAGGAGAGGAAGAGAUGGAUGCUUCUACAACCCAUCAUAAAAGAAAGACAAUGAAUGAUUUUGACUAUUUGAAACUACUAGGUAAAGGCACUUUUGGGAAAGUUAUUUUGGUUCGAGAGAAGGCAAGUGGAAAAUAUUAUGCUAUGAAGAUUCUGAAGAAAGAAGUCAUUAUUGCAAAGGAUGAAGUGGCACACACUCUUACUGAAAGCAGAGUAUUAAAGAACACUAGACAUCCCUUUUUAACAUCCUUGAAAUAUUCCUUCCAGACAAAAGACCGUUUGUGUUUUGUGAUGGAAUAUGUUAAUGGGGGCGAGCUGUUUUUCCAUUUGUCGAGAGAGCGGGUGUUCUCUGAGGACCGCACACGUUUCUAUGGUGCAGAAAUUGUCUCUGCCUUGGACUAUCUACAUUCCGGAAAGAUUGUGUACCGUGAUCUCAAGUUGGAGAAUCUAAUGCUGGAUAAAGAUGGCCACAUAAAAAUUACAGAUUUUGGACUUUGCAAAGAAGGGAUCACAGAUGCAGCCACCAUGAAGACGUUCUGUGGCACUCCAGAAUAUCUGGCACCAGAGGUGUUAGAAGAUAAUGACUAUGGCCGAGCAGUAGACUGGUGGGGCCUAGGGGUUGUCAUGUAUGAAAUGAUGUGUGGGAGGUUACCUUUCUACAACCAGGACCAUGAGAAACUUUUUGAACUAAUAUUAAUGGAAGACAUUAAAUUUCCUCGAACACUCUCUUCAGAUGCAAAAUCAUUGCUUUCAGGGCUCUUGAUAAAGGAUCCAAAUAAACGCCUUGGUGGAGGACCAGAUGAUGCAAAAGAAAUUAUGAGACACAGUUUCUUUUCUGGAGUAAACUGGCAAGAUGUAUAUGAUAAAAAGCUUGUACCUCCUUUUAAACCUCAAGUAACAUCUGAGACAGAUACUAGAUAUUUUGAUGAAGAAUUUACAGCUCAGACUAUUACAAUAACACCACCUGAAAAAUAUGAUGAGGAUGGUAUGGACUGCAUGGACAAUGAGAGGCGGCCGCAUUUCCCUCAGUUUUCCUACUCUGCAAGUGGACGAGAAUAAGUCUCUUUCAUUCUGCUACUUCACUGUCAUCUUCAAUUUAUUACUGAAAAUGAUUCCUGGACAUCACCAGUCCUAGCUCUUACACAUAGCAGGGGCACCUUCCGACAUCCCAGACCAGCCAAGGGUCUUCACCCCUCGCCACCUUUCACCCUCAUGAAAACACACAUACACGCAAAUACACUCCAGUUUUUGUUUUUGCAUGAAAUUGUAUCUCAGUCUAAGGUCUCAUGCUGUUGCUGCUACUGUCUUACUAUUAUAGCAACUUUCAGAAGUAAUUUUCCAGCCUUUGGAAGUCAUGAGCCCACCAUUGUCCAUUUGUGCACCAAUUGUCAUCUUUUGAUCUUUGAGUUUUUCCCUCAGUGAAGGCUAAAGGAGAUACACUGAUUCUAGGUACAUUUUUUAACUUUCUAGAAGAGAAAAUCUAACUAGACUAAGAAGAUAUAGUUUAUCAAUUCAGAACAAGCAAUUGUGGAAGGGUGGUGGCGUGCAUAUGUAAAGCACAUCAGAUCCAUGCGUGAAGUAGGUAUAUAUCACUAAGCUGUGGCUGGAAUUGAUUAGGAAGCAUUUGGUAGGACUGAACAACUGUUGGGAUAUAUAGAUAUAUAGAUAUAUAUUUUUAAAUUCCUGGUGGAUACUGUAGAAGAAGCCCAUAUCACAUGUGGAUGUCGAGACUCCCGGGCAAUCAUGAGCCAGUGAACACUGUUCUACCAAGAAACGAAGGCACAUGCACAGCCAAGGUCACUUACAGGGUCUUAUGAAACAGUUUGCGCCAGAGAGCAUCUUUCCCCCGUGCUUGGAAACCUUUUUUCCUUCUUGACAUUUAUCACCUCUGAUGGCUGAAGAAUGUAGACAGGUAUAAUGAUACUGCUUUUCACCAAAAUUUGUACACCAAGGUAAACAGGUGUUUGCCUUAUUUAAUUUUUUACUUUCAGUUCUACGUGAAUUAGCUUUUUCUCAGAUGUUAAAACUUUGAAUGUCCUUUUAUGAUUUUGUUUAUAUUGCAGUAGUAUUUAUUUUUUAGUGAUGAGAAUUGUAUGUCAUGUCAGCAAACGCAGCUCCAACCUAUAUAAAAUAGACUUACUGCAGUUUCUUUUGACCCAUGUGCAAGGAUUGUACACGCUGAUGAGAAUCAUGCACUUUUUCUCCUCUGUUAAAAAACGGUAAGGCUCUGAAAUGGAAUAUAUUGGUUAGAAUUUGGCUUUGGGAGAAGAGAUGCUGUCAUUUAACCCCUUGGUACUGAAAAUGAGAAAAUCCCCAACUAUCCAUGCCAAGGGGUUAAUGAAACAAAUAGCUGUUGACGUUUGCUCAUUGAAGAAUUGAAACAUUAUGAUGACCUGGCAACAAAAAGUAAUGAAGAAAAUUGAGACCUGAGUGAUGAUAAGAAAUGAUCUUUACAUGGCAAAAUGAACACAUCUUGAGGAUUUAGGAAGUGGGCAGUGAAGGCUAAGAACCUGGUGUGUUUCUUGGGAUCAUGGUACAUUUAUCACUGAAUUAAGCCAUCAGGGAAAAAACAACAAAAAAAGAGAACACCUCCAGCUUUUCUUUUUCUGUAUAUACUCAUGUCCCCAGAUUCCAACAUUUCUCACUGAAACGGGGCAUGUAUGCAAACCUCAUCUUUCUCCUUCAUUAAUGAUGAUCUUCAGAUUAAACCCUUUGGUGCUAGGAGCUGACAAUUUCCAAAGCAGCCUAUGAAGUCCUAGGGGCUGGGGCCAUUCUUGCGGCAAGCAGAAGGCCACCCACUCCGUGGAGUGAUCAUGGAAAUGGAUUUUAGUUAAACUCUCUGACAGCUCCCAAAUGGAAGACGACAGCAUGAUGCAGUAUUAUGAUUGCGUUGUAUGAAAGAGCAAGUGACUUUCUAAGUAGGAUGAAUCAUAUUCAUAUGCAGAUGUCUUAGCCUCUUGACGCUGGAAGUGUGGAUUUAUAGCUAUGAAACCACUGCUGGCAGUGGGUGGGCCACUGGGACUGACGGGGGUUAAAGGGCAUUUUACUAAGGCAGCUAAGACAUAUUCAGACAUCAAUGUUAUCCUUAUUUUUCAUAUUUCUACCUGAGUGAAGUUCGUCCUUAGUAUUGAGUAGGAAGUUACAGUAAAUGGUAGUUCAUUCUUACUUACACACAGUUAAUUUUUUUUUUCACUUGGAAUUAUGUUGAAUGUUUCAUUUUGACAAAAAAGUAGACUAGAAGGUAUGUUCUUUAAGUUGUCUUGCAUCCAUUAUAUAAGAAAGAAACAGGUGAGAGGAGGAGCAGAAAGCUGAGACUGGCUGAUGUUCAGAGCACUCACUCCUCUGGAGGGAAAGCAUGGCGCCGUGCACUAAGCACAUAGCUUUGUGUUGUUUUGGUUUUUUCCCCCAGAUCUUAAAGUGAUUCCCGUGACCUUGGCCAAGGACACUUCCUAAAGUGUAAUGACUGGCACUGACAUUGCCCCAGUCGGGCCACUCCUCACACUGGCUCUCAGUCCCCAGCCACGCCUGGGGCUCGGUCACUUCCAUUCCAGCCUCUGAGACUCCACGGGGGUCACACAACGUGUCUUCUUGGCUUCGAUUUUGAGAAUCCCCUAUUUUCACUUCCAGAUCUGUCAGCUGCCAUGGAGGAAUAAUAGCAAACCAGAAAUGUGUGUACAGGGAGAUUUCUAAAACUUCCCUUGUGUCGCCCAUAGUUGUAGUUUUGGGUUCUGGCAGGUGGAACACCCUGAAACCUGGAAUCAUUCUAUGAGAAUACAGUUCAUACUUCGCAGACUCCAGCCCAUACUAACUGUCAUGAAGCUUGACUUCUUGUCAUAAUGCAGCCAUCUUGGAGGAAAUUGGCCAUUUCUGCUUGGAUUGUUGGCAGGGUCACGCUCAGCUUUGCUUUCUACACUAAUUACAUAGCAUUAUUCAAGUAUUGUUUUCCAUUUCCCAUCCCUGAUUUCCAGCUUCUUCAAGCUGACUGUUCUUGCAGGGGCCACUUGCUUCUCCUAGAGGACAAAAGUAAGGGCCUUCCUUACUAACUGCAGGGUCUCUAUAUUACACCUCAGCGUACACACUUUGCUGCUACUGUUUGUACUGUCCACAGUAGAAUUUCCUCAUCUUGCUCCUGGUAGUGCAUUACAGGCAAGCAUGAAAUGUAAAGUAUUUAUUUAAAUAAAAAGAAAACCUCUAAAUUGGUAAUUGAAUUACCUCCCUGUAGCUUUAUAGUUUGUGACAUUUCUUGACCUUGCUAGUUCUUUCAUUAGAUCUGUGCAAGAUCUAGUCAUCUGGUUAAGGAUUUUAAGCAGAUGCAACUAUAAACCCAAGAAACUGUAUUACUCUUACUGUUGGUCAUACUAAAACUGUCUAUUUCCUUAAGUAUAUGGCCCACGAGGAUGUGAAAUAACUAGGAGAAACUGUUUUUGUACACUGUACAUCCUUAGUAUUUUUACACGUAUAUGAUAGGGAUGAACAUGAUUUUCCUUCGUGCAGACAGCUUAAAUAAAGCACUAUGUCAAUCUGCUA